AUGGAUGAAGAAGUACAUUCCCUUCAUAAGAAUCAUACAUGGAGGCUAACCAGUCUUCCGAAGGGAAAGAAGGCAAUCGGAUGCAAAUGGGUGUAUGCAAAGAAAGAAGGAUCUCCUGGCCAAAAUGAUGUUCGUUACAAAAUAAGAUUGGUAGCUAAAGGCUAUGCUCAGAAGGAGGGAGUUGAUUAUAAUGAGCUAUUUUCUCUAGUUGUUAAACAUUUCUCCAUUCGUGAUUUGAUUUUUGACCCUGAGGUAGAGAAAAUCGCGCGUAGGACGAGAAAGGAAACCAGACAGCUCAGAGAGGAGCACUCCAGUGCUACAUCUCAGAGACCUGAGUCAGGAGUCGAACCAACAGAUUCAUUUGGUGGCACCUCGAGUGACUCGGAGCAAGAAGAAAUCCCCAUGGCUAAUGCACGAACAUUAAGGGAGUUGGCUGCCCCUAAUUUAAAUCAGCAGCCUUUGUGCAUUACUUUCUCGAGUUUGAGUGAAAACACUUCAUUUGAGUUAAAAUCUGGUUUGAUUGCUCUUUUACCCUCUUUUCAUGGUUUAUCAAGUGAAGAGCCGUAUAAGCAUCUGCAGGAAUUUGACGUCGUAUGCAACAGUAUGAAGCUCUCGGGGAUUACAGAAGAGCAGAUAAAAAUGAGGGCAUUCCCCUUUUCCUUGAAGGAUUCUGCAAAGGACUGGCUAUACUACCUGUCACCAGGUAGCAUCACCACGGCUGCAAGUCUAAGAAAAGAAAUUUGUGGGAUCAAGCAGCAUCCAGGGGAGUCGCUCUAUGAGUAUUGGGAACGGUUCAACUUCUUGUUGCACAAGUGUCCCCAGCAUCAGAUAAGUGAGCAGUUGCUCAUUCAGUAUUUUUAUGAGGGACUCCUUUUUAGAGACAGGAGCAUCAUUGAUGCUGCAAGUGGAGGGGCACUGGUGAACAAAACCCCUCAGGAAGCACGGGAGUUGAUUGAGAGGAUGGCAGAGAAUUCACAACAAUUCGGUACGAGAGAGGAUUGUCCAAUACGCAGGGUGAAUGAGGUAGAGACACCCUCCAUGCAGCAGCAGCUAACUGAGUUGACCGCGUUUGUUAGGCAACAGGCUGUGAGAAAUGCAUCACAAGCCAGGGUAUGCAGGAUUUGCACUGGUAUAGGUCACUCUGCAGAUAUGUGCCCAAUGAUUCAGGAAGAAACUGCAGAACAGCCACCAGGGUACCAGCAGCAAUACCAAUCCCGACCACCUCCGCCCCCAAGCUCUGGUCCAUCUUUGGAGGAGAUGAUGAAACAAAUGAUGACAACCAUGGCGCAAAAUCAACAAAUGAUGACAACCAGUAUGCAAAAUCAGCAAAGGACGGACUCCGAAAUGCAGGAUAUAAGGAGUCAGAUAAGUCAAAUGGCCACAACAAUCAACCGUUUGGAGUCCCAAGUAAAUGGAAGAUUGCCAUCCCAACCUGAACUGAACCUGAAGAACGUAAGCGCAAUGACUUUAAGGAGCGGGAAGGAAAUUCAGGGGCCUGAACUUAUGAUCCCUAAGGAUAAGGAUGAGGAAAAGAUCGAAAAUGAACUUAAGAGGGAGGACAGCAAUGGUGCAGAUCUAAAGGUACUUCCAGACCCAGUAAUUACAGUUAAAACUAAUCCCCCUCCAUUUCCUUGCAGGUUGGAAAAAUCGAAGAAGCAGGACAAGGAGAAAGAGAUCCUGGAGGUGUUUCGCAAGGUAGAGAUCAAUAUCCCCCUACUAGACGCCAUCAAGCAAGUGCCGAAGUAUGCAAAAUUUCUGAGGGACCUAUGUGUCAAUCGAAGGAGGCUGAGGGGAGAUGAAAGAGUUAUUGUUGGGGAGAAUGUGUCAGCAGUUCUCCAAAGAAAAGCUACCACCAAAGUGUGGGGAUCCAGGUAG